AUGGAGUCGAAGGAAGAGGCUACACUGGAGGGAGUGCAUGGCCGUGAAAUGCUGUCAUUGGUUCAGAACACUGAAAACCAAAUAAUCUGUGAUAUCAUUGUGGCAGGAAUUGGGGUCAAAAAGAACUACUUACAAACUGAUGAAAUAUUUGCUUUAUGUUUCGGCGCUUCUCUAUCAACUCUCGAGAAAAGGUUCUCUCGUCUGAUAGCAUGUACCAAUGGCUGCUUCCUCCAGAAAUGGUUGGUGCAUGAUGCGGCAAAAGAGUUAGAAAAACGGCGAGCAGAAGUUGAGGCCAGCAAAAUACCAGCAGAAGAAAAGGCAGAAGAGCAAGCUGCACCAGUGGUGACACAGACUUCGGCAGACGAGGGCAAAGAAGAGGAAGUAAAAGCAGUGGAAGUGCAAGAGGAAGGCAAGCGUAGUGAGCCAGCCACAAGUGAUGAGGAUUCUGAAACAACAGAUACAGCCGAUAUAGAUUCUGACAUGGAUGAGUUUGUGGAAGCUUCCGAUGAGAUACGGCCUGCAGAUAAAAGGGAAUAUUACGUUUUUGUGGAUUAA